AUGGGUGACGUUCUAGUAGAAAACCCAUCCAAUGCCGUGGCACCGCAUAAUAAGCCGAUCCCGUCAAACAUCCCGAAUAUCGAGAGCAUCGAGGGUAUACCGGCACAGGGUGGGGAUGAAUAUGCAGUUUUAAAAAAGUUACAGAGGCACUUGGAAUAUAUUCAGCUACAGGAAGAAUACAUCAAGGAUGAGCAAAGGAGUUUGAAGCGUGAGCUUGUCCGGGCACAGGAGGAAAUUAAAAGGAUUCAAAGUGUGCCGUUAGUUAUCGGUCAGUUUAUGGAAGCCAUCGACCAAAACACCGGAAUAGUUCAGUCCAGUACAGGAUCCAACUACGUUGUCCGUAUUCUAUCUACCCUCGACCGCGAGAAGCUUAAGCCCUCGUCAUCUGUCGCCCUCCACCGACAUUCCAAUGCCCUUGUUGAUAUCCUGCCUCCGGAGGCCGACUCCUCCAUCGCUAUGCUUGGCGCCGAUGAAAAGCCAGACGUGACAUACGCCGACGUUGGUGGUCUCGACAUGCAAAAGCAAGAGAUUCGCGAAGCUGUUGAGCUCCCGUUAACCCACUUCGACCUCUACAAGCAGAUUGGUAUCGACCCCCCACGCGGUGUUCUCCUCUACGGCCCUCCCGGUACCGGAAAGACUAUGCUGGUCAAGGCCGUUGCCAACUCGACGACCGCCAACUUCAUCCGAGUCGUCGGCUCUGAGUUCGUGCAGAAAUACCUGGGUGAAGGUCCCCGCAUGGUCCGUGACGUCUUCCGCAUGGCCCGUGAGAACUCGCCCGCCAUCAUCUUUAUCGACGAGAUUGAUGCUAUUGCCACCAAGCGUUUCGACGCCCAGACCGGCGCCGAUCGCGAGGUCCAGCGUAUCCUCCUCGAGCUGCUCAACCAGAUGGACGGCUUCGACCAGACCUCCAACGUCAAGGUCAUCAUGGCCACCAACCGAGCCGACACCCUCGAUCCCGCCCUCCUGCGUCCCGGCCGUCUCGACCGGAAGAUCGAAUUCCCCAGCCUGCGGGAUCGCCGUGAGCGCCGCCUCAUCUUCAGCACCAUCGCCAGCAAGAUGAGCCUCGCCCCCGAGGUCGAUCUCGACAGCCUCAUCGUGCGCAACGACCCCCUCAGCGGCGCCGUCAUCGCUGCUAUCAUGCAGGAGGCCGGUCUCCGAGCCGUCCGCAAGAACCGCUACAACAUCAUCCAGUCCGACCUUGAGGACGCGUACUCUAGUCAGGUCAAGGGAACGAGCGACGAGAACAAGUUUGAUUUCUAUAAAUAG